CCCCCCCAAAGCAUUGACUACUGCCAAGAUGGCAUCAGACGCGAGAUCAGAGCUCAUCACCGAACACUUCGAGCACGUACCUUUGUCAUUCAUCGACGAUGUGAUAAACUCCGCGAACGCAAUUCUCUACAAGGCCGUCAACGCAAUGGAAUCCUUCAUCCAAUCUCAACCAAACGUUCCGCCGGACGAGUCGGAACAAGGCAUCCACCAACUCGAAACCCUCCUCGAAAACGCCGUCGACAGGAAUUUCGACGCAUUCGAGCUCUACACACUAAGAAACAUCUUCAAUGUCCCCGACGACGUUGUUGGGUGGAUGCGUUUGGGACACCACGAGGGUUUGGAGUUUGGUGUUCAGCGGGAGGAAGAGGACGAGGUUGAGAAAGAGUUGAAGAGGGUUAGAGCUGAGCUUGAGAAAGCCGAGAAGAGACAGAAACGGUUGAGGGUCGCGAAGAAGGAGAAUACCAUCAGUGCGAGAUAUCUGGAAAAACAUCUGGAGCGGUUAUCCUUCUUGUCGAGUGCGGCGUCAGCGAACGAGGUAACCCCCCUCCACGAAACAACCGAUUUCUUGACGGACCAGCUCUCGACGCUAAAAACCCUAUUGGAGGAGCUGAGGAAGAUUGCGCCGAGUGCGUUGGAGGAUGUCGAUGAAGUCGAAGAUGAACGGAGUCAAUACGUGGAACGCAUGGUCAAGAAACGGGUGCGGGGGAGCAGGGAUAAUGAUGACGGGUUUGAUUGGGAGGGGGAAGAGAGGAAGAUUAGGAAGAUUGGGAAUGUUGAGGAUGCGAAGGUUUUGGUGGAGGCGUUGAGGGAGCAGGGUAUGUCAAAGCCACAGCUGAAGGUGGAAGAGAAGGACGAGGAAGAGGUAGCUGCAGAUAGGCAAGUUCGAGAAGAAGGAACGAUUGAGGAAGGAAAGGAAACGAAAGGUGAAGAGAUUGAGGAACGGAAGGAGCAAGAGACGAAGGAUGAGUAA